AGUCUUUCCGCUGGCCAGAGCCUGAGCCAGCUUGCCGUCGACUUUGCCCUGCUCAAUGUCCGCAGUGGGGAUGAAGCCGUGGCUCAGGGGCAGAGUGCUGCGAAUCAUCCACUGGUUGCGAGCAGCAACAUAUAAUGCAGCACAACCACGGGGUACGAACAGCCAUUUGUGACAGCAGGUGACAAAGAAGUCAGGGUCAAGAGCAGCCAGGUCGAUCUUCAUGUGUCCAGCAGCAUGAGCGCCGUCGACAAAGCUCAUCACACCCUCUUUCCGACAAAGAGCAACCAGCCGUUCAAACGGGAGCCUGAUGGCGGGCGUGGACGAGAUGGUAUCAAAGAUACCCAGACGGGGACGACGCCCAGCAUCCCUGGAAGCCUGGAUGCCCUGUCUGAAGAGCUCUACAACCUCGUCGUCCUCGAGCGGGUAGUUGAGCUGGACCUGGCGGGUUCUGACCAGCCCCUGGCUCAACUCGCCGACGUAGCCAGUCAUCUUGCCCAAUGGCGCAAAGAUGAUGCUGACCUGGAUAAUCUCGUCAAGGCCGUCUUCGUUCCAGACGAAGUUACGCAUGAUGGUGUUGGAGGCCGUGGAGCCGUUGGCGACCAGCACGAUGUUGUCUGGGUCAGCGUUGAGCAGGUCUGCCACGGCCUCGCGCGACUUGUCCAACCAUGCAGGAAACUCGUAUUUGGAGAAAGAGCAGGGCCGACCCUCACAGCGUCUACGCAGCUCAUGAGCCUUGUUCAAGAUGGCUGUGGGCACGGUGCCAAAGGAGCCUAUCCUGUUGUCAGUCUAUACAUUCAUACGUCAUUGAUUGACUGGUUACUGGGCAGUACCGUUGUUGAGCUCGGUGUAAGUUGGGUCGAUGGAGAAGUGCUUGAGCAUUUCGCGUCCAAAGGGAGUUCGCUCAUAGCGAGAACGUGGUGGUUCGAUGCUACCCAUGACAGUGAUACGAUAGUCAAAAUGUUGUUGGAAAUGUUAUUAUUGUUGAUGUUGAUGUUGAUGAUUAUGAUGUUGGACGUUGGAUACAAUGGGAGAUACAGCUUGGUAGACAGACAGAUCGACGAUGGGCUUCAUCUCCAACCGUCCUGACAGCCCCCUUUAUAUGCCCGUUUCUCCAACUAGUUGCUCCAUCCACCGCCUUCCCCAG